AAGUUUUGAAUACAGAGAAUACGAUAGAUGUCGGAUCAAAAGCAGAUAAUCUUUCGGGAAAUUGAUACGCUAAAGCAAGCCCUUCCAGUAAGUGGAGCGAUUUUGGAACAACAGGACCGCACCUCAGUCCUUCGAGUAGCCGCCAUAUACCUCUCUAUGAGAAAUUACUUCACCCGACAAGUGCCAUUCUCACGGGACACCAUCGAGACCACGUCACUUAUUCUGCAGGCCUUGGAUGGCUUCUGCUUCAUACUUGAUGAUCGAUUUCGUAUUCUUUACAUCACCGAAUCAGUGUCGACCCAUCUCGGAUUUUCACAGGUACAAAUGGUUGGUUGUUGCAUGAGUGAAUUUGUUCACCCCGAAGAUUUCUCAGUGCUCAAUCAUGUUAUGUCCAUCAAUAUCGGAGUACCUCAUACAUAUACACAAAAACUGGAAUCUAGCACGCAAUUCACCUUACGGAUGACGUCAAAAUUGCCGAAACGAAGCUGUGGAUUCAUGUUCGCUGGAUACAAGACGAUACUGUGCACCGGAUUUGUACGCGGCGUUGCUGUGAAUGGAAUAGUACGAGGAGAAAUCCUCCUAGCAAGUGGCCAGAUGAUAGAUCGUCCAGGACUACCAGAAGUGCCUCUCAGUUCCCAACAAUUUCUAUUUCGGACCACUCCUGAUCUACGAAUAGUAUUCUGUGAUUCACGAGUCGGAGAAAUUCUGCGAUUUAAUCCAGCCGACUUGCUCGAUAGAACGCUCUACAAUCUGAUCACAGUUGACGACUGCGAAUCUUUACUCAGAGCCCAUAUGAUGAUUCUUCGACCAGAGGAAUGUCAAUCUGUCACACAAUAUGUGGAUAUGUUUUGUCAAGGAGGAGGUCUAGCCACAGUCGGGCUACACCUCAUCAAACUUCCCAGCAACCAUGUGGCAGCAUCUUUUUCGAUUUCUGUUAUUUGUACAUUAGUUGGGUUCUCUGCCGUUCCCGAUUUUGUGGACAUUUUACAAGUUCUUCCACCUUACGAUGAACAACAAAAUAUUGGAUUGGGAGCGCACUCGAGUGUUUUCUAUUCGGAAGCUAUAGGUAAAGACAAUGGCACUCGAGUUUUCACGUUAAGGAGGAAUAAGAAAUGCUCUAGAAAACGAGGUGAACAGAACAAAAAUAAUCAGAUGACGUCUACGAAGAUAUUUUCAACAAUGUAA